GGUUCGCCUCUGUGCGCUACAUGACAGUGUUCUCUCGAAUGAGCCUCAAGUUCGACGUCAAACUGAUGCUUCGGUCAUGAUAGCAUGAUACGCAGUGCUAGGAUGCAGGGCACAAACCGUGACUUCUUCAGGGCCCGAGCGCGCUCAAGCUGGCACAACCUUACUGACGGGCUUCUAUCUGCUAAUGCUCGCGGGCGGUUUUAUUCUGGACAGCUGGAGUCCCAGGAAGAAGCAGCCAAAUGGAGUGGGAGACGAUAAGAAGUGACCUUCGUGACGGAUCGUGGUGCGUAUCGAGUCCAUAUGUACUGUCUUGGACACGACUUGCUUCCGCGAUAGCAUCCUCCUCCUCCACUUCAACGUCCCUCACAUCUUCCGACUUUGUCUAGUGAUGGGGAUCACGGAGAAGGAAGAUCAGAAACAGAGACAGGCCGACGAGGAUGCGCUCGAGCUUGCUCGACUUGGGUAUAAACAAGAGUUCAAGCGGGCAUUCUCGCCCUUGCAGGUCUUCGGACUUGUCUUCAGCAUCUUCGGCCUAUUCCCCUCCAUCGCGUCUGUCUUUGUUUAUGCAUUACCGUACGGGGGUCCAGUGGCGAUGGUGUGGGGCUGGGGUAUCUGCAGCUUCUUCCUCCUCUUGAUCACGCUUUCACUCGGCGAACUCGGUUCCGCGGCGCCAACGUCCGGUGGCCUCUACUACUGGUCGUUCAAGUUCGCGUCGCCCCGAUGGCGGAGACUGCUUUCAUGGAUCGUCGGAUACUCGAACACCAUCGGGUUGAUUGCUGGAGUUUCGUCCGUUGAUUGGGGAUGUGCUGUUCAGCUCAUGGCAGCAGUCAGCAUCGGAUCUGGACAGACGUGGUCUGCAACGACGGGACAAACCUACGCGGUAUUUCUCUUAAUACUGAUCCUUCACGCAGCAAUCACCUCUCUGGCAACGUCCAUCGUCGCUAAGCUCCAGACAGUAUACGUUGUUCUGAACAUAUUGCUCUGUCUCGCUAUCAUCAUCGCGCUCCCGGCAGCUACACCAGCUGAAUUCAAGAACAGCGCGACAUAUGCCUUCACGGGUUUCGUCAAUUACAGUGGCUGGCCCGAUGGCUUCGCAUUCGUCCUCAGCUUCCUUGCGCCCCUUUGGACAAUCUCCGGCUUUGAUUCAUCUCUGCACAUCAGUGAGGAGGCGUCGAACGCACGACUGUCAGUUCCUCGAGGACUCGUUGGUGCGACAGUUGUGGCGGGGGUCAUGGGCUGGGCAAUUAAUGUCGUGUUGGCCUUCUACAUGGGCACCGAUAUUGAGAACAUCAUGGACAGUCCUAUUGGACAACCAAUGGCGGUGAUUCUUUACAACAGUCUCGGCCAAACGGGCACGCUGGCCGUCUGGUCCAUUGUCGUAGCUGUACAGUUCAUGAUGGGCACGAGUUCGCUCCUCGCGUCUUCCCGGCAGACAUUUGCCUUCGCCAGAGAUGGGGGUCUCCCAUUCUCCGGCUUGCUGUACCGCGUUCAUCCGCGCACACAGACCCCGGUCGCGUGCGCUUGGGCCGCUGCAUUCGUUGCGGCGUUGCUUGGGCUACUGGCCUUCGCCGGUGACGCGGCCACGUCGGCAAUAUUUGCCUUGGGAGUCGUCGGGCUCUACAUCGCGUACAUCAUCCCGAUAUGCUCUAGAUUCGCAGGUGGAAGGGCGUGGGUGCCUGGCCCGUUCACGCUUGGCCGAUUCGGCUUUCCCGUGGCUGUUGUAUCCCUGCUCUGGAUGGUCUUCAGCAUUGCCAUCCUCAUCUUCCCCCCGUCGCCCGCCCCCGACGCGCCCGACAUGAAUUACACGGUCGUCGUCCUCGCGGGAUGGCUUGCGCUUUGUCUUGCAUACUACUAUUGUCCAGUGUACGGCGGGGUGCAUUGGUUCAGGGGCCCCAUCGCCAAUGUGAGCGUCGACGAGGAUAGUGACGAGGUCGAGGAUGUGAAGAACGAUGUGGCUGUGAGUGUAAAUAGCAAGGGGUCGGAUUGAUGGGGUCACUUGAGACUUGACAGUAGAUUGUAGCCGUAGAACGAUAUAAACGAAGGUGAAUUCUGCAAUUGAGCACUUCCCAGAA